GGCGCGCUAUUAUAUAGACCUAUGUGUUUAUUUUUGUUUGACUGAAUUAAUGUGAAAUCGUGUCCUAAAAUUACUUUUGCUGCGUUACCAACUCCGGUCAGCAGGGGGCGAUGUGGAGACUAUUUGCGUGACGUAGAAAAUAGUGGACAUGACGUCGCAAACCAACAACAACAAAGAUGGAGGCACGUUACCUCGGGUGACUGUAACGUUAUUGUCGCCUAGUCUGUCUAGCGGUCAGCUAGCUAUUCCAGCGCCGCCGACCAACCGGUCCCAGCCAUGAGCUCUCUAAGCUACUUCACCCCGGCCCGAGAAGAAGAGCUGCUGUGGUCGGGAAACGCAGGCGCGGCCACCGGACCUCAACCCAGCACCCUCGGAGGAGAGGAGGCACGGCGCUUCUAUCAAAGCCUCAUAGAAGAAGGGGAUGGAAAGGAGAGACGAGGAAUGGAGCAGAGGGGGAGAGAGAACCGCAGGGGGAGAAGAGCAGGGCAGCACGUCCAGGCUAGCAGGCAGCAGGCAAACACCACCAGUACUACCACAGAACUGGAGGGGCUAAGACUGCUGCGUUGUGCCCAGGAAGGAGACCUGUCUGGGGUGAGAGGCCUGCUGUCCCGGGGGGUGGAUGUCAACUUCCAGGACAGCUGGUGGUGGACAGGUGUGAUGUGUGCAGCUGCGGCAGGGCAGCGAGGUGUCGUUAGGCUCCUCCUCCAGCAGGGGGCGGCGUGGGUGGGCGUGGUCGACACGCAGGGCCGGGACGCCAGGGAGCUGGCUAGGAUGGCGGGGCAUAGCGGGGUCCUAGAGGAACUGGACCACUACGGGUCUCCGCAGGACUGUGACCGGCCUGGGAGACAGAGGGGUCAACACAACCAUUACAGGAGAGAGACGCAGGACCACAGGUUAGUGACUACAAUCCCUGACCUGAUUAUGUGGUCCGGUGUGCGGCUCUCCUACCCCUGUUCUAGUGUAGAAAUAAGACCUGUGAUUGAAGGUUUGUUGUCAAGGAGAUACUCAUUUUUCUCCUCCCUUGUUGCUUCUCUCCCUCUGCCCCCCCCCCCCCCCCCCCCCCAGUUCUCCCCAGUGGUAGCAGCAGUCCAGACUCAUCAGAACCAGUCCACCCAGAAUCAGACCCAGUGGUGUCCAGUCUGCAGUGUCCACUACUCCUCUCCCCCAGAGACACACCUCUCCUCCACCCUCCACCUGUUCUCUCUCUCCCGCCCUGCGCCCCCUCCCCACUACUGCCUCCCCCCCUCCACCCCCGCCUACCAGAUGAUGCUGCGCUCCGGAUGGACCCCUGGAGGGGGGCUGGGGCCCGAAGGGGAGGGUCACAAACAGCCGGUCCGGACCGUCCUGAAGAGGGACAGUAGAGGCCUGGGGUACGGACCCACACCCCGACCCAAGGUCACACACUUCCAACCGAAAGACCCGCAGGCAGUCAGACGGACGGGGAAGGAGGGUCGGAGGGGGAGGAGGGGGAUGAAGGAGGAGAGCAGGAGGGAGGAGAAGGACAGGAACUGGGAGAGAGACUUCCGCUCUUCCUUUAACACCUUUGACCCCUGACCUCUAAAUGCUGACCCAGGGACACCUGUUGUAGUCAGUUUCUCUCUAGUGUACUCUCUCUCUCUCUCUCUCUCUCUCUCUAGUGUACACUCU